AUGCAAAACAAUAAUAACAAUUUCUUUGACCAGAACACGAACCAAGAAGAUAUUUCAUUCAACAAUAUUGAUUCGAUACCAUCCGAAAACAAUCAUAACUCCCAACAAGGCGUUCCUGAUGAGUUGUUUCAACAAAUACUCGCAACUGUUGCCAAUCAAAAUAAUAUGACAACUACUCAACCAGAUCAAGUAACCCUUUUCACACUCCAACAAUCGUUAAUCCAUCAACAAACAGAACAAGCAGAACAAUACUUUAUCUCCUCCUCAAUCAACAACAACACAUCCACUUCAACUAACCUUGAAGAAAGUGUGAGAGGCAACAAUAGGAUGUUACUGCCAGAUAUAUCAGAAAAUAAUCCCAAUUUUAUUGAAGAAUUGAGACAACUAUUGGAAGUCAAUACUAAUAUUAAUAAUAAUACCAAUUUGAAUGACAAUGUUUUACUAUCAGAUUUGGGUAAUGACUCUACAUGUGAUGAUGCAGUAAACCAGAUACUUCAUCAGGCAUCAACUAGCACUUCAAAUAUUAAUAAUUUAAUUAUUGAAAGAAAUAUUGACAUGUACAAUCAUCAUCCACAUCCUCCAUUGCCACCACUUCCACAAUCCUAUUUAACACAAAAUCCUUCAACAUGUCCAAUAGCAACACAACCAAUUCCUACUGGUUAUGGAUAUACAAACUUUCCUCCACCUCCAUUAUCAUAUUAUCCUCAGCCACCUCCUCCACAAUCAACACAACCAAAUAAUUCGGCAAUAGUUUCACCUUCUAGUCAACCAACUUCUCCAACUAUGCACGCAAGUUCUCAAGUAAUGUCGAGUAGUGCAGUCAAUAAUAAUAUUCUUCCUCCAUAUCCUCCUCAUCAUCAUUAUUCAAAUAAUUAUAAUACUCAUCAAUAUCCUCCUUAUUAUCAUCAUCAUGGAUAUCCAAACUAUCCACCACCACAUCCACAACAUUAUCCACCCUAUUAUCACUCAAUUCCAUCAUCUCCACCCUAUCCAAUUAAUAAUUCAUAUCAUCAAAAUAAUUCAAAUUUGGUCAAUCAUCAUCAUGAUAUUAAUAAUGUUUCUACUUCAUCGGAUGGAUCUGAUAAAGCUAAAACUAAUGGAUUUGUAAUUGAUGAAAAUUAUCAACAACUUCCUAAACCUUCAACAACCACAGCAGGAAUAACUAUUUCACCAAUUAAUGUAGUUUCCAAUAAUAAUAAUAUUACUCCAAUUUCUACUCCUAUUUCCACUCCAACGACUACAACACCAAUGACCACAACUAAUACUACUACUUAUUCCACAACUAAUACUAGUAAUUCGAAUAAUGACACUUGUCAAACUAAUUCACCAACUAUUCUGCAAUUUCUUCAAGAACGUGGACAAGUAUCAUGUACACUGGAUGCUCGACAAUCACCUCCUCCAGCAAUACCACAAACUGCAACAGUAAUACCACAAAUUUCUAAUACUACUCCUAUUUCCACACCAUCCUCAUCACAACCAUCAAUUCAACCAUCAAACAUUGUAACAGUCAAGAGUGAGAAGAGAAGUAAAUCAUCAUCAUCGAGGAAAAGCAAUAGUACAGGAAGUACUCCAACCACUCCAAUACACUUCCCAGUACUUAGUACUAAUAACACUAAUAUGGGUUUUUCAUCACCUUCCACUCCUUCUGGUUCACCUUUAGUUUCUUCAACAAGUGUUUCGUCUAAAAAACGAAAACAAUCAGAUGCUUUCCAAUCGAAUAGUAGUAGUGGAUCACCAACAAAUAUUAGAAAAAUUGAGUUUACUCAAGAAACUAAUUUUGGAAAGAAUCAAUCUAAAAAACAAGAUGAUUUCAAAAUUAUUAGUUACAAUACUUCGAAUAAGAUGACCAACGUUAAACAACUGGAGAAAGCUCAAAUUCUUCUUGAAGAAGCUCCAAAUAGCUCUGAAUAUUUAACUAUUCAGAAUGUUGCGGAUGGAAUAGUUUAUGAUAAGUAUGUGGAGGCCAUUAAGGUAGAUUUGAUUAUACCUGAAUUUGAAUCAUCGCCAAAACUAAGCCCAAAUAGUAAGGAUCAAGAGGUUUACACAUUGAAAUUUGAUUUGAUCAAAUUAAAGAAAGGCCAAGAAAAAUUGCAGUAUCUAAAGAACUUGAAAAAGGUUCAAGUCAAGAAUGAAUACAAACAAAGGAUUAUUGAAGAGGUUUGGCUCGGUUUCUCCUCUCAAAAGGAAGGGAAAUUCAAAAUCAGAACAACACUUUGUAGGGGAACGCAGGAAAUUAGUGUAAUUGAUAGUAAUUUCUUCACAACAAUUUCUGGAAAUGGAUUGAACAAGAGACUGGCUAAAAAACAGGAAAAUAAAGAAUAA